UGCUGUGACAGAUAGUGACGCUGUGCUCAGAGCAGCUUUCGGUACACAAACGUCGUUUAAUUGCAGCGUUUUGUCUCGUUUGUCAGAAGCUCUUCACAUAGAUCCUAUUUGUUCACCGAGCACCAUGGUCAAAUCAACAGUUUGGUGUCCUAAGUUGUGGCAGGAAAUCUUUGAUGAGUUGCUGUACAACGAGCUGGACUAUGAAGACCAGUGGACCCUACACUUUGACUACAAUUUGACUAAUGAAGUCACCAAGGAAAAGAGGAAGACAGGAUGGAAGGUCCACAGCCACUGUGCCCGUGGAGGUUUCCAGUGUAAUACCUGCUCCAGACGUUGGUCUUCAGUCAAGGUGACGGUGUUAUUCCAUUACCGGCUAAAGAAGGACCAGGGGACAGUGAUCAUGCGGCCCUUUGGACAGUCUUGUCACCGUUGCAGCAAUGAAUAUAACAAUAAGUAUUAUCGCCCUGGUUUUUUCGAGGUGGAAGUGAAACGUGCUUUGCUCAGGUUGUUUGCCAAAAUUCGAAAGAAUUGUUAUGGGGAACAGGAUGACUAUGAUGACAAAUCAGAAGUCCGUAACAAGGUGUUGACCAAACCUCAUGAGGCUGGCCUGUGUGAGGCCUGCCAGCUGGGCAUUUGCUGUAAGGAUGUCGAAUAGAAGGGGUGUUGGUGGGCACUGUGGGGACCGUUUACACACUCACAGUGUGGGGAAUAAGCCUACUUGUGGGGACCAAAUGCUGGUCCACCACUUCACUACAGAAUUUUAUGGGGACAACAGGGUUUAGAUUUCUCAGUAUCCAGGAAAUGAAUUUAAAUCAAUGUAAGUUACCUACAAUGAAUCAAAACAAAACUCUGUGAGUGUGAGAUUAGAACAGUUUUGGUAGAUUGACAUCUGAUUGAGUGCUGGUUCCUCAAGAUGUCCCUUUCCAAUUUGCACAUAGCCUUUAUUCUUAAUAUUUUGAAGAUAGCUAGUUAUGCUGUUGUAUAUGUUAAAGUUGUAUAUGAAUAUUAUAUAUUAUCAGGACAACCAAUAAUUUUAUUACAGUAAAUAUAUCACUUUGUAUCUUUUUGUAUUCUAUUUCCGUGGUGGCAAAGUGUACAGCUUGACCAUAUUUUGCUUUUGGGUUAAUUGUUAUUGCUGAUUUCACAUUAGACCAACAACUGGUGAAAUGUAAAUGAGCACAAUUGGACUUAUUCCUCCUAUUUUAUUCUACUUUAUAUGUCUACUGCACAGAUUGUUUUACUCCACUACAUUUAAGUGAUGUAACCUAGGUUACUUGGCAGAUAAACAUUUGACAUGCAAAACAGAUGAUCGGCCUAUAGGCAGUUAUGGGUUAAUAUAUCCCAUUAAAAAGAUCUCCACCUUGGCCAGCUACAAUAUUUAAAAUCCUGGUUAACAGUGGCCAAGGCUUUGGGAAAACACUAAUAUAAAAUAAAAAAGUUUUAAAGUGUA